GUUUUAUGUUGUGGAAGUUCAUUUAUUUUUAAUUUUUUCUUUUUUUAGAAGCAGCACAAAUAUUGUGAAAAAAUUGAGUGAAAAUAUUUUAAAAGCCUUAGCGAGUAAGGCUCUAAAUAGAGGAGCUGCGAUUUAUACGCAACUCUAAAAUAAACUGUAUCGUAUGAAUUGCAAAGUCUGCUACUGCCGUUGAGUGAAGAAAAAAAAAUUAGAAAAGAAAAUUGACAACGCCUAUAAUAACAAUAAGAAGCCAAGAAGAACCAUAGCUACUUUCUAUUAAGCCAUAUAGGAAUUAGUAUGGAUCACAAGAAAUCGCCAGUGAGAAGAAAGCGACAAUCGAAAGUCAUUGAGGAAAAUUUCUGGGAUUGCAGCGUGUGCACUUACAGGAACACGGCCGAAGCAUUUAAAUGUCGUAUGUGUGACGUACGUAAAGGUACUUCCACACGCAAGCCACGCCUUAAUUCAGCACUUGUCGCCCAACAGGCUGCCACAUUACCCGGUGCAUCUGGUACCAUGCCCAACGGAAAUAAUAAAUCAGCGUCAGGGUCUCGUCACAGCAGUUCCGGUCAUGAUAAACAUAAACAUAAAAAAUAUCCAGCUCGUUUAAAAAAUGUCGAUCGUUCCACAGCCCAAACUCGAGAGGUUACCGUUAAUUCCGUAACGGUAUUUAUUACGGAAUACAAACCUAAACCAAUAGGCAGCCGACGAGAAUCCAGCGAGCAAAGUUUUAGCGAAAGUAAUGAUUCGCGUAGUUAAAUUUAUAAAAUUUCGUUGACCAGAUUUGGCCAUCAUUAUCAUCAUCACUAAUCACUUGGGGGCGAACAGUGAUGAUAUAUAUAUUAGAAAUAGCGUCAUCCCUAAUUAGAUAUAAUUUAAGAAAGGAAAGGAAAGUAAGUAAGCACCGGAAUAGAGAUUUUUAUUUUUUUUUAUUUUUUGUAGGUUUUUACGUAAAUGCAAAUAGUUCUUAUUUUAUAAUAGGUAAACUUUGCUUUCUUCCGAUUUAGGUUUAAGUAAUUAAUAAAUAUUUUUUAGUACAUUAUGAUAUUAGUAUAUAGACAGCGUGAGUGGGUAAAAAUAGUCUCAAUUCAAGCGCAGAAUAUUUUAUUCGGCUUUGCCGUUGCCGUUGGAAAAUAAUAGAACAUUGAAGAAUCAAAUGCAGUUUUGAUUCUGUCCUACACUGCCUUCAUUUUUUUUUUGUCCACCUUUUUAUUUAAGAUCGUAUAUUUUUGAUCUUUUCCAUUUACACUUCGAUUAUCCGAAUUUUUUACCAUAUUCAAGCUCAAUAACACAUAUAAUUACAUCCUUUUUUUGCCAUUUGAACGCUUAUUGCUCGGGAGAAUAUAAAAUUUACCAGAAAACUUUUUAUUCGCACUAAAAACAAUUUGUAAUAAUUCUUCGGAAGGAAAGCCGAGUCGAUGCAGUCAAUAACACAGUUAUAUUUGAAAUAUGUCCUCCUGAUCAGUUAAUUCUGUGUGCACAUCUUUAGCGGUAUAUUCAUAUACUCGUCUAAGACAGAAUAUGUAUGUACUAUGAAAUUGGAUUGUAGUGAAAUAACUUGACAAACUGACAAAAAUAUUUUCUAAAAUAAAUUGUUAUGGCAAAUACACAUUCAUAUAAUAAAAUUUUAUGAGGAAGUCCGACAAGGCCGGAUGGACGAAUCAUAACAUGUACAUUCGUCGCAAGCAAUUAACUGAUUAAGAGCAUUAGUUAAACCGCUUCUAAAUUAAUCAAGUAAUAUUUUUCGAAAAUCUUUUAUCUUAAUCGAUUUAUAUAUAUAUUCUUUAAAUCCGUUAAUUUAUUUUUAAAAACUGCUAUUACUUCGACGGUGCAAAGGUUUUUCUCUAAUUCUUUUGUCAAUUUUUCUUAUUCUCAAGCUGCAUAGUUCCGAUAUAUAUAUAUAAAUAUAUAUGAUUUCUUUUAAUAUUUUUCGCUUUUCAUCACAUUUAGUGACUUUAUAUAGCACGUCCCCUCUUUGUUCGUCAAUUGUUUAAAUCUUUAAAGAUAAAAUUAUUUUUCCCUGCACGCUGUUAAAAUUGUUAAUUUUUUUAGUAAUUAUGUAAUAUUUUAGUCUAUAAUGUUAACUAAGUUCUUAAAUAACAAGAAAAAUAUUUAUAAAAAUGUUUAAUAAGCUCAUUAAAAAUUAUAAGAAAAUUUGUAAAAGGAAACAAAACAAAAAUGAAAACAAAUGAAAAAAUCAGUUGAAAACAAACAUAUUUCACAUUAUGUGUGCAUAGUUAAUGUUUUUCUCUCUUUCUUAAAAUCCAUCACCAUCACCACUUAUCAGAGGAGACAGGAAAGUUUUGAAAAAGUUAUGAAAAUGCUAACUGUAUCUUUUAAAGAGAGAGACGUUCUCUAACUGAGUUAGAGAUAGGAUAUAUUAUUUGUGUGUUACAUUAAUUCAGACGAUCUGAACUUUGGAUAUAAAAAUGAAAGUUGCAGAGACUAGGACUUCAGUUAUUUCGUCGACAUCUUUGGAAAGUGUGCAAUGUAAAUUGCAUCGCAAAAAUUUGACGAUGACGAAGUAUGUGGUUAUAUAAAAUUAGGUUGUAAUGAAAUUACUUGACUUGAAAUCACGUACACACAUUCUCGAAUACAUUAUUAUUAUAUAUUAUUAUGGCAAGCACACAUUCAUAACGAUAAAAUUUUAUGAGGAUAUCCAAAAAUAUCGGAUGGAUGGACGGACUCUGACGUAUAUAAAAUAACACAAAAUAAUUUACUUUUUUCACUACGUAAACUGGUUAAUUAUUCGCAUGGCUGCCUGAUGACUACAAAUGUACUAUAUAUAUUCCGAUUCUCCGAAUACGAAAUUAAUUUCUAACAAAUGCUUCCAUAUUAAACUGAGAAUUUCAUAAUUUUGUAGUGCCCGUUAUGUGUUUGUCAUUCCUAGAUUGAAUAGUACGAUGAGAAACGCCGAAAGAAAGGAUUUCAAACGUGACGAGGUAGGUGAUGGGUUUUCAAAAUUUGGUCUAAGGCAAAAAAUACAAAAUUUCUCACCUUUUAUUUUACCCUUUACCUGCGCAUUAUUACAAUUUGUUCGUCUAAAUGUAUGUAUAUACAUAUAUAUAUAUAUUUAUAAUUAAAUUAGAG